AUGCGAGACACAGUGUCUAUGAACUUUCGUAAAAGGUCCAAAGAGGUGCUUGACUGGUCUCUGAAAAGCACAGGGGCCACCAUCGACCUGCAACGAUCUUCAAAGACAUACAUAUGGGAUGGCAUACUGUCGUGCAGGCUGUUCUGGCUGCCUUGCACCCCAAACCCUCCAGACACUAUUCUGCAGCCGGACGUUUCUCUGGGCAACUGCUGGGCUUUCCAAGGGGCUCAGGGCCAGGUGGUUAUUAGGUUGCCUGCAAAAAUCCAAGCAACCAUGGUCACCAUCCACCACACCUCCAAGACGGACUCAGAGCUUGGGAAAUUCAGCAGUGCCCCCCGAGAUUUCACUGUCUCUGGGGUGGAUGAGGAAACAGAAGCUGAAAUUCUGCUCGGGACAUUCACCUAUGCUGUGCAGAAGAAGCCUGCGCAGACCUUCCCUCUGCAGGAGAUCCCCAGAACUUUUCAGUUUAUCAAGCUCGUCAUACAGAGCAACUGGGGAAAUCCAGAAUACACCUGCAUUUACCGGGUGCAGGUGCAUGGGAAGGUGCAGGUGCCAGAAGACAUGUCUUCUGCCAGCAAGAAUAAAAAAUAA